CCUCUGCCUGCGCCGACCCGCCCCCAUAGCCUACGCUAUUAAAUCAGCCGGAGCCGGGAGCAGGCGGUACCACCGCCGGGAUCCGAGCCCAGCCGAGUCGAGUCGUUGCUGUCACACGUCGACAGUUGCUGCUUGCAACACGUCCCAGCUCGUGCCACGAUGCAGACCCCAGGUCAGAAGCGGCACGGCCGCUCGAACGCCUCCACCCCACUGAGCCCCACCAAGAUCAGCCGCCUCCAGGAGAAGGAGGAACUGCAGAACCUGAACGACCGGCUGGCCGUCUACAUUGACAAGGUGCGCUCGCUGGAGCUGGAGAAUGCUGGCCUGCGGCUCCGCAUCACCGAGUCCGAGGAGACCACCAGCCGGGAGGUGAAGAACAUCAAAGCCAUGUUUGAGACUGAGCUUGCCGAUGCCCGGAAGACUCUGGACAACGUGGCCAAGGAGAAGGCUCGGCUGCAACUGGAGCUGGGCAAAAUCCGCGAGGAGCACAGUGAGCUGAAGAGCCGGAAUGCAAAGAAGGAGUCCGAUCUGGCAGCCGCCCAGGCACGUCUCAGAGACCUGGAGGCCAUCCUCAAUUCCAAGGAUGCUGCGCUCUCCACUGCACUGAGCGAGAAGAGGAACCUGGAGAAUGAGCUGCGGGAGCUGCGAGCCAAGAUCGCUAAGCUGGAGCUGUCCCUGAACGACACCAAGAAGCAACUUCAGGAUGAGAUGCUGCGACGCGUGGAAAUAGAGAACCGGGCUCAGACCCUCCAGGAGGAGCUCGACUUCCAGAGGAACCUCUACGACGAGGAAAUCCGGGAGACCAAACGGCGGCACGAGUCCCGGCUGGUGGAGAUUGACUCGGGCAGACAGCGGGAGUACGAGAGCAAGCUGGCCGAUGCCCUCGGUGACCUACGCAACCAGCACGAAGAGCAGGUCCGCCUCUACAAGGAGGAACUGGAAAAGACCUAUAACUCCAAGCUGGAGAAUGCCAAGUUCUCGGCCGAGCGGAACAGCAACUUGAUCGGAGCGGCUCACGAGGAGCUGACCUCCACCCGCCUCAGGCUGGACAACCUGACCACCCAGAUGAAACAGCUGCAGAGCCAGCUGGCAGCCAAGGAUGCGAAGAUUCAGGAGCUGGAAGCUGCCCUCCAACGUGAGCGUGACACCAGCCGUCGGAUGUUGAACGAGAAGGAUCGGGAGAUGGCCGAAAUGCAGCGCCGCAUGCAGAUCCAGCUUGACGAGUACCAGGAGCUGCUCGACGUGAAACUGGCGCUGGACAUGGAGAUCAAUGCCUACCGCAAGAUGCUGGAGGGGGAGGAGGAGAGGCUGAGGCUAUCGCCUAGCCCUCCGCCGCAGGGCUCGGUGUCACGGACCACCACCAGCCGCACCAGCCACACCUCGCAGGCCGCCCAGGCCAAAAAGCGGCGUCUGGAGGAGCUGGAGGACGAAGGGUUGAGCAGCAGCACCACCACCCAGCACGCCACGUCCCGUGGCCGCGUGCUGGUGGACUCCAUUGACCCUGAUGGCCGCUUUGUCCGUCUGAAGAACAAGACUGAUGAGGACCAGCCAAUGGCCAACUGGCAGCUGAAGAGGCAGAUUAAUGGCCGGGCCACCAUCACGUACAAGUUCCCUCCCAAGUUCAUUCUUCGUGCUGGACAGUCAGUCACGAUCUGGGCAUCGGACGCCGGGGCCUCCCACAACCCCCCUACUGACAUGGUGUGGAAGAAUCAGCGCACUUGGGGCACUGGGGAAAAUAUCAAGACCACCCUGCUCAAUGGCAGCAAUGAGGAGAUGGCGAUGCGCACGGUGACCCGCUCAGCGUUGAUCAACGACGAUGACGAGGACUUCGAUGGGGAACUGCGCCGGCGCGACGUGCACCAGGCGAGCCACGUACACGAUGCCGAGUACAACCUGCGUUCCCGUGCCGCGGUGUGCGGAUCCUGCGGGCAGCCGGCCACCCCGCCCCAUGAGACCGGCCACAGCGAGCAGAAGAGCUCGGUGAUCACCGGUCCCACCUCCCGGCAGACCGUCACCAAGUCCUACCGUACCGUCACCAGCAGUGGUGGCGGUGGAGGAGUGUCCGGGGCGGCGGAGGGCCUCGUCCCUCGAACGUACCUGAUGGGGGAGCAGCACUCAUUCGGAGGGCAGGUCCUUCAGGAUCCCUGGGCCAAAGACUCCAGGCUCCCCACCGGUGGCCCCGGAGACGAGACCGACUUCCCGGAGGCUCUCCCCACCCCCGAGGCCCCCUCCGACCCGACCCCCGGCGGUGACAGCGAUUCGGGGCGGGGGAGGUCCCAGCUCGUCCCCAGGCGCAGGCCAGUGAGAGUACGCUCGUCCCCGCGGCACAACAAGGGCGUGCCGCCCCGGCGUUUCGGGCAGAGUACGGCGUCCCGCACCAGAGGCGGAGGGACCAGGACUCGCCGAUAGACGCCCCCUCCCCGUACCCGCCCCUUGUCUCCCCCCCUCGAACCCGGCGGAGGGGUGGUGACCUCGGAGGUGGUAACCGUGGCGACCCUCGGAACUGUGCCGUCAUGUAACCGGCACACGCUGUGGAGAACCUGCGUUUUCUCAGACCAGAAAUUUUUUGAGCAUAUUUUGUAUAACAGGAAUAUUUCUUUAAAGAGAUUGUAAGCUUGGCGAAAAUAUUUUGUUGAUUUGAUGCUCUCCAUGGGCCCAGUUUCUAAAUAAGGUGCUCAGAAUCGAGAUGGGUUGGGAAUGGGUUGUAAUUCCUUUUGAUUUUCUCACGCGCGCGCGCGCACACGCACACAUACGAACACAGAGAGACACACAGACACGAACACACAGACUCACACACACACACACACACACGAACACACAGACUCACACACAGACUCUCGCACGCACACACACACACACACACACACACACACACACACGAACACACAGACUCACACACAGACUCUCGCACACACACACACACACACACGAACACACACACACACACACACGAACACACAGACUCACACACAGACUCUCACACGCACACACACACACACACACACACACACACACACGAACACACAGACUCACACACAGAUUCUCACACGCUCACACACACACACACGAACACACAGACUCACACACACACGAACACACAGACACACACACACACACACACGAACACACAGACUCACACACAGACUCUCACACAGACUCUCACAAGCACACACACACACACACACACACACGCACACGAACACACAGACAGACGCACACGCACACGAACAGACACGCACGCAAACACACAGACACACAUCCACACACACACACACAGAUAGCCUGUUGUCUGAUACUCCCUCAAAAAGGGCAAUGAAUUUAAAAUCUUGCUCUAAUCAAAUCAAUUCCAUUUUUCUGGGCUACACUGAGGCUUACAGCACCAAAAGAGGCCUUUCAUCCCACCCUGUCUCUGCUCUCCCACAAGUGCCUACCUUUCAUACUUCUGCUUCCCAGCAGCUCGACUUGGUGAUUCAAGUUCUUGUCUGAAUGUUGCAGCGUCUCACAGAAUGGAAGCAGGCCGUCAGCUCAAUUGGUCCAUGCUGACAAGCUUCCCGUCUAAGCCACUUCUAUUUGUCUGCAUUUGUCCCACAUCCCUCUAAACCUUUCCCAUCUGUAUACCUGUCCGUAUCCCUCUGAACCUUUCCUAUCCGUGUACCUGUCCGUAUCCCUGUAAACCUUUCCUAUCCAUGUACCUGUCUGUAUCCCUCUGAAUCUUUCCUAUCCGUGUACCUGUCCGUAUCCCUCUAAACCUGUCCUAUCCAUGUAACCUGUCUGUAUCCCUCUGAACCUUUCCUAUCCGUGUACCUGUCCGUAUCCCUGUAAACCUUUCCUAUCCCUGUACCUGUCCGUAUCCCUCUAAAUCUUUCCUAUCCGUGUACCUGUCCGUAUCCCUCUGAACCUUUCCUAUCCGUGUACCUGUCCGUAUCCCACUAAACCUUUCCUAUCCGUGUACCUGUCCACAUCCCUCUAAACCUUUCCCAUCCGUGUACCUGUCCAUAUCCCUCUAAACCUUUCCCACCUGUCCACAUCCCUCUAAACCUGUCCUAUCCAUGUACCUGUCUGUAUCCCUCUGAACCUUUCCUAUCCGUGUACAUGUCCGUAUCCCUCUAAACAUUUCCCAUCUGUGCACCUGUCCAUAUCCCUCUAAACCUUUCCUAUCCGUGUACCUGUCCAUAUCCCUCUAAACCUUUCCUAUCCGUGUACCUGUCCAUAUCCCUCUAAACCUUUCCUAUCCGUGUACCUGUCCGUAUCCCUCUAAACCUUUUCUAUCCGUGUACCUGUCCAUAUCCCUCCAAACCUUUCCUAUCCGUAUCCCUCUAAACCAUUCCUAUCCGUGUACCUGUCCGUAUCCCUCUAAACCUUUCCUAUCCGUGUACCUGUCCGAAUCCCUCUAAACCUUUUCUAUCCGUGUUCCUGUCCGUAUCCCUCUAAACCUUUCCUAUCCGUGUACCUGUCCGUAUCCCUCUAAACCUUUCCUAUCCCUGUACCUGUAAGUAUCCCUCUAAACCGUUCCUAUCCGUGUACCUGUCCGUAUCCCUCUAAACAUUUCCUAUCCCUGUACCUGUCCGAAUCCCUCUAAACCUUUCCUAUCCGUGUACCUGUCCGUAUCCCUCUGAACAUUUUCUAUCCGUGUACCUGUCCGUAUCCCACUAAACAUUUCCCAUCUGUGUACCUGUCCGUAUCCCUCUGAACCUUUCCUAUCCGUGUACCUGUCCGUAUCCCUCUAAACCUUUCCUAUCCGUGUACCUGUCCACAUCCCUCUAAACCUUUCCGACCUGUCCACAUCCCUCUAAACCUUUCCCAUCCGUGUACCUGUCCAUAUUCCUCUAAACCUGUCCUAUCCAUGUACCUGUCUGUAUCCCUCUGAACCUUUCCUAUCCGUGUACUUGUCUGUAUCCCUCUAAACCUUUCCUAUCCGUGUACCUGUCCAUAUCCCUCUAAACCUUUCCUAUCCGUGUACCUGUCCGUAUCCCUCUAAACAUUUCCCAUCUGUGCACCUGUCCGUAUCCCUCUAAACCUUUCCUAUCCGCGUACCUGUCCAUAUCCCUCUAAACCUUUCCUAUCCAUAUCCCUCUAAACCUUUCCUAUCCGUGUACCUGUCCGUAUCCCUCUAAAACUUUCCUAUCCGUGUACCUGUCCAUAUCCCUCUAAACCUUUCCUAUCCAUAUCUCUCUAAACCUUUCCUAUCCGUGUACCUGUCCGUAUCCCUCUAAACCUUUCCUAUCCGUGUACCUGUCCGUAUCCCUCUAAACCUUUUCUAUCCGUAUACCUGUCCAUAUCCCUCUAAACCUUUCCUACCGUAUCCCUCUAAACCUUUCCUAUCCGUGUACCUGUCCGUAUCCCUCUAAACCUGUCCUAUCCAUGUACCUGUCUGUAUCCCUCUGAACCUUUCCUAUCCAUGUACCUGUCCGUAUCCCUGUAAACCUUUCCUAUCCAUGUACCUGUCUGUAUCCCUCUGAAUCUUUCCUAUCCGUGUACCUGUCCGUAUCCCUCUAAACCUGUCCUAUCCAUGUACCUGUCUGUAUCCCUCUGAACCUUUCCUAUCCGUGUACCUCUCCGUAUCCCUCUAAACAUUUCCCAUCUGUGUACCUGUCCGUAUCCCUCUAAACAUUUCCCAUCUGUGUACCUGUCCAUAUCCCUCUAAACCUUUCCUAUCCGUGUACCUGUCCACAUCCCUCUAAACCUUUCCUAUCCGUGUACCUGUCCAUAUCCCUCUAAACCUUUCCUAUCCGUGUACCUGUCCGUAUCCCUCUAAACCUUUCCUAUCCGUGUACCUGUCCGUAUCCCUCUAAACCUGUCCUAUCCAUGUACCUGUCUGUAUCCCUCUGAACCUUUCCUAUCCGUGUACCUCUCCGUAUCCCUCUAAACAUUUCCCAUCUGUGUACCUGUCCGUAUCCCUGUAAACCUUUCCUAUCCAUGUACCUGUCUGUAUCCCUCUGAAUCUUUCCUAUCCGUGUACCUGUCCGUAUCCCUCUAAACCUGUCCUAUCCAUGUACCUGUCUGUAUCCCUCUGAACCUUUCCUAUCCGUGUACCUGUCCGUAUCCCUGUAAACCUUUCCUAUCCAUGUACCUGUCUGUAUCCCUCUGAAUCUUUCCUAUCCGUGUACCUGUCCGUAUCCCUCUAAACCUGUCCUAUCCAUGUACCUGUCUGUAUCCCUCUGAACCUUUCCUAUCCGUGUACCUCUCCGUAUCCCUCUAAACAUUUCCCAUCUGUGUACCUGUCCGUAUCCCUCUAAACAUUUCCCAUCUGUGUACCUGUCCAUAUCCCUCUAAACCUUUCCUAUCCGUGUACCUGUCCACAUCCCUCUAAACCUUUCCUAUCCGUGUACCUGUCCAUAUCCCUCUAAACCUUUCCUAUCCGUGUACCUGUCCGUAUCCCUCUAAACCUUUCCUAUCCGUGUACCUGUCCGUAUCCCUCUAAACCUUUCCUAUCCGUGUACCUGUCCCUAUCCCUCUAAACCUUUCCUAUCCGUGUACCUGUCCGUAUCCCUCUAAACCUUUUCUAUCCGUGUACCUGUCCAUAUCCCUCUAAACCUUUCCUAUCCGUAUCCCUCUAAACCUUUCCUAUCCGUGUACCUGUCCAUAUCCCUCUAAACCUUUCCUAUCCGUAUCCCUCUAAACCUUUCCUAUCCGUGUACCUGUCCGUAUCCCUCUAAACCUUUUCUAUCCGUGUUCCUGUCCGUAUCCCUCUAAACCUUUCCUAUCCGUGUACCUGUCCGUAUCCCUCUAAACCUUUCCUAUCCCUGUACCUGUCCAUAUCCCUCUAAAUCGCUCCUAUCCGUGUACCUGUCCGUAUCCCUCUAAACCUUUCCUAUCCCUGUACCUGUCCGUAUCCCUCUAAAUCUUUCCUAUCCGUGUACCUGUCCGUAUCCCUCUGAACCUUUCCUAUCCGUGUACCUGUCCGUAUCCCACUAAACCUUUCCUAUCCGUGUACCUGUCCACAUCCCUCUAAACCUUUCCCAUCCGUGUACCUGUCCAUAUCCCUCUAAACCUUUCCCACCUGUCCACAUCCCUCUAAACCUGUCCUAUCCAUGUACCUGUCUGUAUCCCUCUGAACCUUUCCUAUCCGUGUACAUGUCCGUAUCCCUCUAAACAUUUCCCAUCUGUGUACCUGUCCAUAUCCCUCUAAACCUUUCCUAUCCGUGUACCUGUCCACAUCCCUCUAAACCUUUCCUAUCCGUGUACCUGUCCAUAUCCCUCUAAACCUUUCCUAUCCGUGUACCUGUCCGUAUCCCUCUAAACCUUUCCUAUCCGUGUACCUGUCCGUAUCCCUCUAAACCUUUCCUAUCCGUGUACCUGUCCCUAUCCCUCUAAACCUUUCCUAUCCGUGUACCUGUCCGUAUCCCUCUAAACCUUUUCUAUCCGUGUACCUGUCCAUAUCCCUCUAAACCUUUCCUAUCCGUAUCCCUCUAAACCUUUCCUAUCCGUGUACCUGUCCAUAUCCCUCUAAACCUUUCCUAUCCGUAUCCCUCUAAACCUUUCCUAUCCGUGUACCUGUCCGUAUCCCUCUAAACCUUUUCUAUCCGUGUUCCUGUCCGUAUCCCUCUAAACCUUUCCUAUCCGUGUACCUGUCCGUAUCCCUCUAAACCUUUCCUAUCCCUGUACCUGUCCAUAUCCCUCUAAAUCGCUCCUAUCCGUGUACCUGUCCGUAUCCCUCUAAACCUUUCCUAUCCCUGUACCUGUCCGUAUCCCUCUAAAUCUUUCCUAUCCGUGUACCUGUCCGUAUCCCUCUGAACCUUUCCUAUCCGUGUACCUGUCCGUAUCCCACUAAACCUUUCCUAUCCCUGUACCUGUCCACAUCCCUCUAAACCUUUCCCAUCCGUGUACCUGUCCAUAUCCCUCUAAACCUUUCCCACCUGUCCACAUCCCUCUAAACCUGUCCUAUCCAUGUACCUGUCUGUAUCCCUCUGAACCUUUCCUAUCCGUGUACAUGUCCGUAUCCCUCUAAACAUUUCCCAUCUGUGCACCUGUCCAUAUCCCUCUAAACCUUUCCUAUCCGUGUACCUGUCCGUAUCCCUCUAAACCUUUCCUAUCCGUGUACCUGUCCAUAUCCCUCUAAACCUUUCCUAUCCGUGUACCUGUCCGUAUCCCUCUAAACCUUUUCUAUCCGUGUACCUGUCCAUAUCCCUCUAAACCUUUCCUAUCCGUAUCCCUCUAAACCAUUCCUAUCCGUGUACCUGUCCGUAUCCCUCUAAACCUUUCCUAUCCGUGUACCUGUCCGUAUCCCUCUAAACCUUUUCUAUCCGUGUUCCUGUCCGUAUCCCUUUAAACCUUUCCUAUCCGUGUACCUGUCCGUAUCCCUCUAAACCUUUCCUAUCCCUGUACCUGUCCGUAUCCCUCUAAACCGUUCCUAUCCGUGUACCUGUCCGUAUCCCUCUAAACAUUUCCUAUCCCUGUACCUGUCCGAAUCCCUCUAAACCUUUCCUAUCCGUGUACCUGUCCGUAUCCCUCUGAACAUUUUCUAUCCGUGUACCUGUCCGUAUCCCUCUAAACAUUUCCCAUCUGUUUACCUGUCCGUAUCCCUCUGAACCUUUCCUAUCCGUGUACCUGUCCGUAUCCCUCUAAACCUUUCCUAUCCGUGUACCUGUCCACAUCCCUCUAAACCUUUCCGACCUGUCCACAUCCCUCUAAACCUUUCCCAUCCGUGUACCUGUCCAUAUUCCUCUAAACCUGUCCUAUCCAUGUACCUGUCUGUAUCCCUCUGAACCUUUCCUAUCCGUGUACUUGUCUGUAUCCCUCUAAACCUUUCCUAUCCGUGUACCUGUCCAUAUCCCUCUAAACCUUUCCUAUCCGUGUACCUGUCCGUAUCCCUCUAAACAUUUCCCAUCUGUGCACCUGUCCGUAUCCCUCUAAACCUUUCCUAUCCGCGUACCUGUCCAUAUCCCUCUAAACCUUUCCUAUCCAUAUCCCUCUGAACCUUUCCUAUCCGUGUACCUGUCCGUAUCCCUCUAAAACUUUCCUAUCCGUGUACCUGUCCAUAUCCCUCUAAACCUUUCCUAUCCAUAUCUCUCUAAACCUUUCCUAUCCGUGUACCUGUCCGUAUCCCUCUAAACCUUUCCUAUCCGUGUACCUGUCCGUAUCCCUCUAAACCUUUUCUAUCCGUAUACCUGUCCAUAUCCCUCUAAACCUUUCCUACCGUAUCCCUCUAAACCUUUCCUAUCCGUGUACCUGUCCGUAUCCCUCUAAACCUGUCCUAGCCAUGUACCUGUCUGUAUCCCUCUGAACCUUUCCUAUCCGUGUACCUGUCCGUAUCCCUGUAAACCUUUCCUAUCCAUGUACCUGUCUGUAUCCCUCUGAAUCUUUCCUAUCCGUGUACCUGUCCGUAUCCCUCUAAACCUGUCCUAUCCAUGUACCUGUCUGUAUCCCUCUGAACCUUUCCUAUCCGUGUACCUCUCCGUAUCCCUCUAAACAUUUCCCAUCUGUGUACCUGUCCGUAUCCCUCUAAACAUUUCCCAUCUGUGUACCUGUCCAUAUCCCUCUAAACCUUUCCUAUCCGUGUACCUGUCCACAUCCCUCUACACCUUUCCUAUCCGUGUACCUGUCCAUAUCCCUCUAAACCUUUCCUAUCCGUGUACCUGUCCGUAUCCCUCUAUACCUUUCCUAUCCGUGUACCUGUCCGUAUCCCUCUAAACCUUUCCUAUCCGUGUACCUGUCCGUAUCCCUCUAAACCUUUCCUAUCCGUGUACCUGUCCAUAUCCCUCUAAACCUUUCCUAUCCGUGUACCUGUCCGUAUCCCUCUAAACCUUUUCUAUCCGUGUACCUGUCCAUAUCCCUCUAAACCUUUCCUAUCCGUAUCCCUCUAAACCUUUCCUAUCCGUGUACCUGUCCAUAUCCCUCUAAACCUUUCCUAUCCAUAUCCCUCUAAACCUUUCCUAUCCGUGUACCUGUCCGUAUCCCUCUAAACCUUUUCUAUCCGUGUUCCUGUCCGUAUCCCUCUAAACCUUUCCUAUCCGUGUACCUGUCCGUAUCCCUCUAAACCUUUCCUAUCCCUGUACCUGUCCAUAUCCCUCUAAAUUGCUCCUAUCCGUGUCCCUGUCCGUAUCCCUCUAAACCUUUCCUAUCCGUGUACCUGUCCGUAUCCCUCUAAACCUUUUCUAUCCGUGUACCUGUCCAUAUCCCUCUAAACCUUUCCUAUCCGUAUCCCUCUAAACCAUUCCUAUCCGUGUACCUGUCCGUAUCCCUCUAAACCUUUCCUAUCCGUGUACCUGUCCGUAUCCCUCUAAACCUUUUCUAUCCGUGUACCUGUCCAUAUCCCUCUAAACCUUUCCUAUCCGUAUCCCUCUAAACCAUUCCUAUCCGUGUACCUGUCCGUAUCCCUCUAAACCUUUCCUAUCCGUGUACCUGUCCGUAUCCCUCUAAACCUUUCCUAUCCGUGUACCUGUCCGUAUCCCUCUAAACCUUUCCUAUCCGUGUACCUGUCCAUAUCCCUCUAAACCUUUCCUAUCCGUGUACCUGUCCGUAUCCCUCUAAACCUUUCCUAUCCGUGUACCUGUCCAUAUCCCUCUAAACCUUUCCUAUCCGUGUACCUGUCCGUAUCCCUCUAAACCUUUCCUAUCCAUGUACCUGUCCGUAUCCCUCUAAACCUUUUCUAUCCGUGUACCUGUCCAUAUCCCUCUAAACUUUUCCUAUCCGUAUCCCUAUAAACCUUUCCUAUCCGUGUACCUGUCCAUAUCCCUCUAAACCUUUCCUAUUCGUGUAUCUGUUCGUAUCCCUCUAACCUUUCCUAUCCGUAUCCCUCUAAACCUUUUCUAUCCGUGUACCUGUCCAUAUCCCUCUAAACCUUUCCCAUCCGUGUACCUGUCCAUAUCCCUCUAAACCUUUCCUAUCCGUGUACCUGUCCGUAUCCCUCUAAACCUUUCCUAUCUGUAUACCUGUCCGUAUCCCUCUAAACCUUUCCUAUCCAUGUACCUGUCCGUAUCCCUCUAAACCUUUCCUAUCCGUGUACCUGUCCGUAUCCGUCUAAACCUUUUCUAUCCGUGUACCUGUCCAUAUCCCUCUAAACCUUUCCUAUCCGUAUCCCUCUAAACCUUUUUUAUCCGUGUACCUGUCCGUAUCCCUCUAACCUUUCCUAUCCGUAUCCCUCUAAACCUUUUCUAUCCGUGUACCUGUCCAUAUCCCUCUAAACCUUUCCCAUCCGUGUACCUGUCCAUAUCCCUCUAAACCUUUCCUAUCCGUGUACCUGUCCAUAUCCCUCUAAACCUUUCCCAUCUGUGUGCCUGUCCAUAUCCCUCUAAACAUUUCCUAUCCGUGUACCUGUCCAUAUCCCUCUAAACCUUUCCCAUCUGUGUGCCUGUCCGUAUCUGUCUAAACCUUUCCCACCUGUCCACAUCCCUCUAAACCUUUCCUAUCCAUGUACCUGUCCUUAUCACUCUAAACCUUUCCUAUCCGUGUACCUGUCCAUAUCCCUCUAAACCUUUCCUAUCCGUGUACCUCUCCGUAUCCCUCUAAACCUUUCCUAUCCGUAUACCUGUCCGUAUCCCUCUGAACCUUUCCUAUCCAUGUACCUGUCCGUAUCCCUCUGAACCUUUCCUAUCCGUGUAUCUGUUCGUAUCCCUCUGAACCUUUCCUAUCCAUGUACCUGUCCGUAUCCCUCUAAACCUUUCCUAUCCAUGUACCUGUCCGUAUCCCUCUAAACAUUUCCUAUCCGUGUACCUGUCCGUAUCCCUCUAAACCUUUCCUAUCCGUGUACCUGUCCGUAUCCCUCUGAACCUUUCCUAUCCGUGUAUCUGUUCGUAUCCCUCUGAACCUUUCCUAUCCAUGUACCUGUCCGUAUCCCUCUAAACCUUUCCUAUCCAUGUACCUGUCCGUAUCCCUCUAAACCUUUCCUAUCCGUGUACCCGUCCGUAUCCCUCUAAACCUUUCCUAUCCGUGUACCUGUCCAAGUGUCUUUUACAUGCCGUUAAUAUACCUGUCUCAGUCCCUUCCUGUGGCAACUCACUCCAUAGACUCACUCCUCAGGGUGAAGAAGUUGCCCCUCAGGUUCCUAUCAAAAUCUCCCCUCUUACAUUAAACCUGUGCCUCACGAUCUUGAUUCUCCAACCCUGGGAAAAGACUAUGUACAUUAACCCUAUCUGUCCCUCUCAUGAUUUUAUACACCUCUGUAAGGCCACCCUCAUUUCCCUACGGUCCAGUGAAAAAGAGCCCUCACUUGCUGAACCUUUCCUCGUAACUCAGUCCUUUCGAGGCUUGACAUCCUCAUGACUCUCCUCCUCACACUUUCCAGCUUCAGGGCAUCUUUCCUUUAGCAGAGUGACCGAAACCGAACACAGUAUCAAGGACAAAGCUCUCUUGGGUGCCUGCAUCUGUUUCUGCUGUUCCGCCCGGGUGCCUGUAUCAGUCGCUACCUCUCUCCUGGGUGCCUGUAUCAGCCAAUACUGGUCCCCUAUGUGUCUGUAUCUAUCAUCUCUCAGGUGCCUUAAUUAGACACUAUAGGACCUCUGGACAAUUUUACUAGUCAGUGCCUGUCCACCUGUACUAGUCUCUGCCUGUUCCCAUCCGCCUGUACUAGUCUCAGCUUGUCCCCAUCUUCCUGUCCUCAUCCACCUAUACUAGUGUCUGCCUGUCCCUGUCCACCUGUACUAGUCUCUGCCUGUCCCCUUAUACCUAUAAUUAGUCUUUGCCUGUCUCCAUCCACCUGUUAUGUCUUUUCCUGUCCGCAUCCACCUGUUACUAGUCUCUGCAUCCCCAUCCACCUGUACUACUCUGCGUCCCCGUCCACCUGUACAUCUCUACCUGACCCCAUCUGCCUGUACUUGUCUCUGUCCGCUUGUACUAGUUUCUGCCUGUCCCUAUUUUCCUGUACUAGUUUCUGCCUGUCCCAUUCACCUGUUGUUAGUUUUUGCCAGUCCCCAUUCUCCUGUACUAGUCUUUGCCUGUCCCUGUCCCCUUGUACUAGUCUCUGCCUGUCCCCAUUUGCCUGUACUAUUCUCUGUCUGUCCCCAUCUGCCUGUACUUGUCCCUGCUUGUCCCUAUCUGCCUGUACUAGUUUCUGUCUGUCCCUAUCUGCCAGUACUAGGGAUAGCCUGUUACCCCAUCUGCCUGUCCCCAUCUGCCUGUACUAAUCGUUGCCUGUCCCCAUCUCCCUGUACAUCUUUGCCUGUCCCCAUCUGCCUGUACAAGACCCAGUCACACCCCAGAGGAAAUGCUUACCUGUAUCCUUACACAUCUUCACAAAUCUCUUAUUCCCUGUACAUCUCCACAGCUUCCCUGUCUGCAUCCCCUUAGCAUCUGAGAUGUUUCAGCGAGGUUGCCCCCCCCCCCCAUCCUCCCGUUCUUCUAAACCCAUUUGUGUGGCUGGGAAUGUUGCCUCACUCCAAGUGUGUGGAAUCUGGGAUCUGGGUGGGAACAUAGGGAGAAUAAAAUAGGAUAUGUAAAGGAUCAGUGUAAAUGGUGUGGGCUAGCAUGGACUAAGUGGGCUGAACAGCCUGUUUCCAUGCUGUGUGACUGGAGGAUGACCCUGCAGGUGAGGGUGAGUAAAUUCCUUCACUUCUGCAAGAAGCUGUUCAGGGGACAAAUGCCAUCGGCUUCCCAGAGAAAGACACCAGUCCUGGACUUUCUAACCAGGGCACCCGGACAAAUUGGCAGCCGUGUAGUGCGGUCGACAGAGCCCCAGUGACUCAGGUUCGAUGCCAACAGCUGACAUUGUCUAUAUCUGAGAUCACAUGGGUCACCCUGGGUGCCCCACAUCCGAACCACGUGCAGGAGAUCAGUGGAUAAUCAGCCACUAUAAAGUGUGAGGAUGAGUGGCGGGCGGGCAGAUGGUGGGAAUGUGGGUAGAAUCGAAAGGGGGAUUUGAGAGUUGAGGAAUGAAGGUUGCUUGGUAAGAGCUGGCGGGAACUCCAGGGGGCGGAAAGGCUUCUUUCUGCCAGUGAGGGAAAGUCGCAGGGUUUACAGUGCUCCGUGUACUCCCACGCCUGCCCUGUAGAGAGAGCGGGGAGUCUUUUCGUCCUUGCCCCACAACUGGGGAGGAGAGGGAUAUCAAGGAUGCAGAGAAAGGGCUGAGUGUCUGGGAAGGAGGCAGCACAGAUGACUGGCCUGAGGAAUUGGGAAAUUUACAAUGAAGCAGCUGGUUGUUGAACAGUGGAAGCUACGACAUGUGCAGUCAGAAAGGUCGGGAAGGGAGGGAGGCGUUUGGUUUAAUCGACCCAAGGAAGGUUUCCUGCACUGUGCUCGAGCGAUCUGCAACACAGCCCUCACCAAAAGGAUGCAAUGAAACUAGGCUAGCUUGAUGCAGGAACCGCGCAAUUUUUUGCAUCCGCUUUUUCUAAAAUUGUAAAGCUAAAGCUUUGGCAGAUUAUUUUUACACAAGAAUUGAGUUUUGUGCAAAAAGUGCUUUUUAAUAAACUUUCAAAUAUAUAACUGA